AUGCUGAGCAGAUUCCACUUCUUUCUUCUGGGAGCCUAUUAUGUGCUGUAUGGAUCUGGUGACUACAGCGGGAGUGGUGAUGAUGACAGUGACCUGGAUGGUGGUCCUGAUGCUGUUUCCUAUGGCUUCUCCGGUUGUGUCUGUGAAGAAGGGUUCAUGCCCACAUCUGGAAAGGAGCCUUUCCUGAGUAUCAGUGAGUCCAGUUGUGAGGAAAUCCCCUUUCACUGCCAACAAGAUUCAGGAAAAAACGAGGAAUACGUAAAGAAGUGUUUGAAUGGAUCAGAAAAUAGUGUGCAAGGUAGUAUGAAAGACAGCGCGUUCUGCUCUCUGAUGCACUCCACCUUGGAGAUCUUUAAGUCUUCCUGUGGGAAUGCCAGCUCGACAUCUUCCCUGAAGAAUACGGUGGCAUCCUUUGACAAAGCCAUUGCAAACAUCUCCCUCAAGACACUGGACAACAAGGAAGUGGCUUCUGCUGCAACGCUGAUUCUUCAGGGAGUGAGUUCAACUGCACUGAUGGCUGCUCUUGACUCUCCAGAGAACAAAACCCAGACUGUGACUACCAACCAAAUGGUGGUCCAGACAAAGCUUGUUGAUAACUGUACCUCGCAGACUAAUGCUCUCAGACUUGACUCUCAGAAAAACACCAUUGAUAUUGACUGCGCUGACAUCACUGAAGAUAAUAGCCAAGAAUCUGCCGCAGUGGCUUUUAUAUCCUACACGGAUCUGGAGUCAGUUCUGGGAAUACAGUAUUUUCAGGAGAAAAAUCUGCGUAGGGAAGAGUAUGCUCACGUGAACUCUCAAGUGGUAAGCGCUGCUACCAGCACACAGAGAAGAAAUGUUUCCAGUCCUGUCAACCUCACCUUCUGUCAUACCAGGGACAAGUUCCCCCAGGACGAAGUCACCUGUGUCCACUGGAACCCAGAAGGUACAAGGGGUGCCUGGACCUCCCAGGGCUGCCAACACGUUCAUUCCAACAUCACUCACUCACAGUGCAGCUGUCACUACCUGGCCAGCUUCGCCGUACUGAUGGCACCUGGUUCCAUAGAGGACAACAUCCCUCUCACUAUGAUCAGCUACGUUGGGCUGAUCGUGUCCCUGAUCUGCCUCAUCCUGGCUAUUGUUACCUUCCUCUUCUCUCGCACCGUCAAGAAUACCAGCAGCAACUUCAUCCACCUGCAGCUGAGCAUUUUCCUCUUCCUGGCUGAUGCUAUCUUCUUAGCAGGAAUAAACCAAACUUACCUCAAGCUCCUGUGUUCCAUAAUUGCUGGUGUUCUGCAUUAUCUCUUCCUGGCUUGUUUUGCUUGGAUGCUCAUGGAAGGAGUGAAUCUUUUCCUCGUUGUCAGGAACCUGAAGGUUGCAAAUUAUUCUGGUGCUGGCAGACACAUGAAGACAUGCAUGUAUGCCUUUGGCUAUGGAUUCCCAGCUGUGAUUGUGACAGUUUCUGCAAGCAGUUUCCCAAGUGGUUAUGGAACUCCUUAUCACUGCUGGCUGAAACUUGAUAGGAAUUUUAGAUGGAGUUUCCUUGGACCAGUCUGCACCAUAAUUAUGAUAAAUUUGGUUCUUUUCUGCCUUACUCUGAUAAUUUUGCAACGGCACCUUUCCUCCCUCAAUACAGAGUUAUCUACUGUGAGGAAUACCAGAUUAUUGACAUUCAAAGCGCUGGCUCAUCUCUUCAUCAUGGGCAUCUCUUGGGUGCUGGGUCUUUUCCAGUUUGGGGACCUGGCUUGGUUCAUGGCAUACCUCUUCACCAUCGUCAACAGCAUCCAGGGAACUUUCAUCUUCCUCGUGCACUGCCUGCUCAAUAGAAAGGUGAGAGAGGAGUAUUGGAACUUGUGUAAGAAGUGUCGUCUACGCACAAAGGGACAACCUUCAACCUCUGACGUUUCUAUGAUUACCCUCCCGUCCAGCGCUAUCACGGACGUUCUGCAAAAGACCGACCCAACUCAGGAAAAGAAGAGUAAAGGGAUGCAAUGGCAGUAAUCUCCAUGUCUUUUUAUCUCCCCUGGUCUGAUGUAGCGGAAGUAGGAUGGCAGACUGUG